AACUAAUUAAAGUGGUUGAAACUUAAUUUGGUGUAGCAAUUGUAAUUGAGUCAUCAAGAAGCCAUAUAGUGGCGAAGAGAACGAAAAUUCGAAAUUUUUAAUCAUGCCAAUACGAUAUAUUUCCGAAGUGUCUAGGUGUGAAGCGAGCUAUAUUUUGACAGCUUUUAUCCACCAUAUUUCUCGUUCCUCAAAACAUUCGAAUUUGAUGUCCAUUGGUUUAAUUAAUAAUGUCCAUUUUUGCUCGCAUUCACACGAGGAAAACAUUUUAUAUCAACACAACCCCUUAAUCUAUAAAAAGGGUAAAAUGACUCGAAUUGAUCUGGUGAGCUCCCUUGAAAAAAAUUUUACGUGCUUUGCUGAAAAUGAUCCUGACAUGAAGAGGUUGAUAAUGGAAUUUAAUAAUCAUACCAGACUCCUAUGUACACCUAAAUUGUUAUUGUGGUGCAUUGCACUUCUUGUGAAGUACCAUCAAAAAGAAGAGUGCUCUGAACACUUAAGCCUGGUCUUAAAAUUCAAGUUGGUGUCGUAUCUGGAAUUUGGUGGAAGCAGCUUUUGGACACAUUCAGAUAAAGCGGCGAAGGUUUUGGUGGACUAUCUACAAUAUAUCUCCCUUCACAAAUGCAAGCACGAGUUGUUCGUUUCGUACGUUGAUGUUUUCGCAGAGAGUGUUUAUUUCUAUUUUGAUUUUCUUGAAUCGGUCUUAUGUAAAGUGUUAGACGCAGCUCAGGAACUACGUCUUAAUUUCUUUCGACUUAGUGAUUCUGAGUUGUUUCUAGUGAGACGAAAGUACAAACAGAGAUCUUUAUUAGAAAAUGUGAAGAGAUACCUGAUACUUGUGAAGUACGGAUUCAGAGAUCAACGAUACGAAAGAGCUUUCUACGACUUUGAAUACUUCAUACAAUGUUAUGAUCCGUACAAUUUGUUUGGUUUCCGAAACAGAAUCAUUCGUAGAAGAAGUAAUAAGAUGUACAGGCCCUGCCAGAUUUUGCAUCUGUAUAUCCAAUCAUACUACAAUGACAAAGAUUAUGGAGUUGAGUUGUACGAUGAAGUCUUGCGUGUCCUCUGGAAUUCCAUUCCGGAUCCAUUUUUAUCAAAGAAGCAAUUUUUGUCCUCUUUUCAUCAUUCUGAUAGGUUUCCUGAAUUUUUGAAUGUAUGGAAAUGGUAUUCAAAAGUUGUAUUGAAUGACGUAGAAACUGAGAAAUCCCCAAGAAGCUUGAAACAUCUUACAAGGUGCGCCAUUCGUAGAGCUUUAACAGAAUCCGUUCAGAUGCCUGUUGGUAUUGGGUCUCUAAACAUACCAGCGAGUUUAAAAAGUUAUUUAAGUUUAGAAAAUUGCUUUCAAUCUGAAGAUUAAUGCUGUUGUAACGGAAAAAGGAUUUGCACAAUGCUGGUUUAAUUUUUAUGGCUCGAAACCAACGUUUAGGUGAACGUUUAUACAAGAUGUUCCAUAAAAACCACCCUUAAUAUAAAUUCUUAGAGAGCUUGUCAAAUUAAAAGACUAAAAAGUACGUACAUUGUGGGUCGCACAAAGCGAGGGAAAAAAUAGACUUUAACGCAAUCUGACACAUCACAAUGUUAGAAAGACUGGUGUACAAAAUAUCAAAACUUGUUUUAUUCCCUGCUGAAACUUUGAUGCGCUUUUAAUAAUAAUGUUCUCUUUUCUGUCGUUUGCUGCUUCAUAAACCCGCUUUCCAAAUUGCGACCAAUCGCAGGACGAUAACGUUUUUUUUUUCGCUUUUUCCUCUUUUAAAUAUUAACAUGCGACUACGCAGUAACACUUUUUUGACUUCAUAGUUAGCAAGAGUUCUAAAAAUAUGCAGUAAUGGUGGUCAUCGUGGAUGAUUCAAUAAAAAAUGCAUAUUUAAAUAAAUGAGCACUUUCAAAAAUUCUUUGUAUUGCUCUAUAAAGAACUUUAUUGCAUGCAACAAGAUAACUACUUGAUUGCAAAAAUAGAGCGAACGAAACUACAUACUUCUGCAAUUUAUUGUGAGUAGUCUCCAAAGUUGAUAUUUUGAGAUCAACUUUAAAAAAAAACUUUUCACGUAAAGAUUUAUGUCAUCACACGGGAUGUGAAACUAUUCUAGUUUACAGAAAUAAUUGCUAACAAUUUUAGCUUUUAGUUAAGUGUUUUUAAUAAAAAAAGUUUACAUUAA